GCUCUAAAAGCUCGCGUGUGUGUAUUUUGUAUGGAUUUUUUUGUAAAAUUAAACUGCUGAUUUGAAUUUUGCGUUACUAAAAAACUUCCUUUGAAAUGAUUUAAAUUACGUUUUUAUAGUUUUAAACCAAUGUCGUAGCUUUUGAAUAUGAUAAAUUCUCCCAUAACAACUCAUAAUGGCUUAUUAUUCUCAGUAUGCUGCCUUUUAUUUUAUUAUUUUUUACAAAAAUAUUUCAAAAUGCAUUCCUAUAAUGAGAAAUUGGAAGUCGACCGAUGGAUAGUGGAGAAUAAUUUCGAAAUGUACAAAUACGUUUUUGAAAAUAAGGAAAUAGAAAAGUUGGUUGAUUUUGCCAACAUCGUGAGUAUUCCAGAACUGACAGCAUCUGAAGAAGAUCGAGUCAAGAGAGCUGCGUAUUCGUUGAAACAGAAAUUGAUAUUCUAUCAAUGGUUGGAUACUUUGAGUAUUUCGCAGUAUUUCCUCAAGUUAACGAAAGAAGAAACCAAUUCGUUAGAAGAUGUUUAUUUGUUGGAUGACGGUAAAGCUCACGAAAUUCUAGGCAAACAUUUCGCAGCCUGGAGCAGAGGUAGGCAAAUGUUGCCCAGUACAAAAGAAGCUCUAGAAACUUUCAAAUUGGAUUUGUGGGCGAAUUUUGUAGAGUCGUAUGAGAGCUUUGGUACCUUGAAGAUGAUUUGGUUCAAUGGUAGCAUUUUAACUAUUUCGGUCUGUGCUGCUGGAAUAACUACGUUAAUAUGCAGAAAUCAAUUAUGGUUCGCUAUGCAAUCUGAUACUUCCAUUUUACAUGUGAUUACCGGUCGAUAUCUAGAUCCUAGUAUGUGCUGUACGUAUUUUAGUUGGAGUGAUCCUCAUCCAGUUGGAGAAACGUUGACUUUCAUCGUUAAAUUCUUCCAAAGAAACGGUCUUCCUUAUCCUAUUUGCGACAAAGAUAACGUCCAGGUCGAGAUUAAUUUCGGCGUUAGAAAAAUCUCAUCUGUUUUAUCACUCGGUGGAACUGCGCCAGAAGAUGCUAACCAAGGAACUGUGAAAUUUACCGUUAGAUAUUCCGGCGAAUACCAAAUAUCAGUUUUGAUUAAAAACGUCCAUAUUCGUAAUUCGCCUUUUACAAAGAAAUUUCUACCAGGACCCGUUGAUCCUAGUAAAACAAAGUUUGAAAGACAUAGUUCGAUAGUGAUUUGUUGCGUUGAUGUAUCCUGUCCGUUAACCAUCCAACCUCGAGAUUCGUUUCAAAAUUUGUGUUUAACGAGUUCUUCGAAUGAAAAUGAAACUCCUAGCGGUGUGAAUUUAGAUUUGUAUCGUUCGGUCGUCAAACAGGGCGAUGAAGAAAGAACCGAUAUAUGUUUUCAAUCGUUCACUUGGGAUCGACUAUCAUCGAAAAUAUCAUUCGACAUGAUGUUUCUCCAAGAAGGAUGCUAUCAAGUUCAAGUAUACUACGGUGAUUUCUUGUUACAAAAUGGAGAUUUUACUUGCGUUGUUUUGAAUAGAUCAGAUCACGAAAUGACUUCUAGAAGUAUCAAACAUAGGAGCAUCUCGUACGAAGGUAAAUUAAUCAGAGUCGAAGGAGAACCUCCAUUUAAACCAAAAAGGGUAAUAAUGUAUAUUUCUCCGAAACAAUUCACUGUCAAGGAAUUUAUGCUGAAGUUUCUUAUGAAAAGAGUAGCUACUUUUCGUCUGUGUCCUUCUACCAAACUUCAGCUUUUAGAAGAGACAGCGAAUGGAGUUCCGUCCUUUUGUGUCGAAGAUGGAUGCCAACCUACGAUUCAUUUGGCUGCUGGAAAUAGGAACUUGGUUGCUGCGACAUUUACGAAAUUUUUACUAAAUAAUAUCGGGGGUUCGGAAACCUUCACUGAAAAGCAAUAUUUUUUUUAUUACGAAGUUCGAAAAUAUCAUCAGAAACAUAAACAUGAGCCCAUUACGAUUCGAGUGAAUAGAAGUAAUCUCCUACAAUCCUCGCUCAAAGCCACAAAAAAUUUUACUGUGAAAGAAUGGUGCAAUAAUUUUGAAGUCAUUUUCCAAGGAGAGCAAGGUAUCGAUUGGGGUGGUCUAAGAAGAGAAUGGUUUCAAUUGACGUGCGAGGCUUUAUUCAACCCCAAUAAUAAUUUAUUUAAAGCAUUUAGCGAUAAUCCUCAAGCUUUAGUCCAUCCAAACAAAUACCGACCAACUAAUUUAAAAUUAAAAUAUUACGAAUUCGCCGGACGACUUUUAGGAAAAUGUUUAUACGAGUCAGCUUUAGGAGGUUCUUAUAGUCAGUUCGUUACAGCUAAAUUUACUCGAUCUUUUCUAGCGCAAUUAAUCGGGCUUCGUAUUAAUCAUAGUUAUUUCCAAUUCGACGAUCCGGAUUUAUACUUGAAUAAAGUGAAGUAUAUUUUAGAACACGAUGUCGGUGAUAUGGAUUUAUAUUUCGUUGACGAAGAAUACGAUCGAUCUGGACAGUUGGUCAAGAUAAUCGAUUUAAUUCCAAAUGGCAGUAGAACCAAAGUGACGAACAAUUUGAAACGUCAGUACCUCGACAGCCUAGCUCAAUAUCGUUUAGCUACAAAUGUUAAAGACGAAAUUGAAACAUUUUUGAAAGGAUUAAAUGACAUCAUUCCGGACAAUUUGUUAUGUAUUUUUGACGAAAAUGAAUUAGAACUUUUAUUAUGCGGUACUGGCGAAUACAGUAUUGCUGAUUUCCGAGCUCAUCACAUAGUUAACGGUCCAUUCCCUCCAUCUGCCGAUUUCGCCAGAAUUUUAAAAUGGUUCUGGAUCGCGAUAUCUAAUUUUACCACCGAAGAAAUGGCACGCUUGUUACAAUUUACUACGGGGUCGUCUCAACUACCACCGGGCGGAUUCAAAGAUCUGAAUCCUCAAUUUCAGUUAAUGCCUGCUCCGUCAUUUGGCAAUUUACCUACCGCUCAUACGUGUUUUAAUCAGCUAUGUUUACCUGAUUACGAAACGUACGAACAGUUUGAGAAAUCUUUACUACUCGCGAUUACCGAAGGCACGGAAGGAUUUGGAUUGAUUUGAUUAAAAUUCAGUCGUUAAAGUUAUAUUAGCCUAUAAUUUUGAAGCGUCCCAUGUUAUUAUUUUUGAUUAGUCGGAUUAAGUAUUUAUUUGCUCAUGUAAUGACGUAUACAUAUUCGUUAGGUAAAGUCAGACGUAUGUAUGUAUUAUUAUUAUUAAAGCUUAUAGUUAGUGGAUGAGUGAUUUACUUAAUGCUCAUUGCAUUAACGAAUAGUCGUAUAUAUCACUAAAAGUUACCAAUUCCAAAUGUGUCAUUUUUUUUAUACCAUUCUUUUCAAGACUUGACAAGUUAACAAUAAUAUUAUUAUACGUAGGUAUGUAGUGUGUACAUAUUAACGAAAUGAUUGUUACAGAUUAGGUUAGAUACAUUUGCGAACUUAUUUUCAACUAGAUUAUCAUAUUUAUGGAAGCCACUUAUUUGCCAUUUUUAUUAAUUUAUUUGUGUUUUUAUAUGAUUGUGUGAUCGUCCAGAUGUAAUUUGUUAUUUAUUAUCAAUAGAGAAUUGUUGUAUUUUA